AUGGAAAUAAAAACAUAUCUAUCGCUCCUCCUCCUCUCCGUGGCAGUCGCCUGCGCAGCUCCCAUCCCGAUCUCGACCCUCCGCGCUCGCCAGGAACCAGGACCAGAACCAGAACCAGAACCAGAACCAGGACCACUGGACUUGCCGUUGUUGCCUGCGCCGGAGCCCCUAGACAUCGAUAGCAUAAUGGCGAAUUCGCCGCUGAGCGACGUGUACAAGAUAAUCAAGGAAGGGGUUAAGGUUGAUCUACCGGAUAUGAACCAUAAUCGUCACCCUGCAUGA